CACACCAGGACGACAGCGGUCUGCAAGCCAGGAAGGUGCCUGUGCGGGAACUCGGCCACUGCUGGUCUUAGCGCUCUGGGCUCCAGAACUUUCCCUCUGUGAGGUCACUCUACUCUCUGAGCUGCUGUCUUGUACAAUCGGACACACUUGGCUGGUGCCUCAGAUCCAGUCAUGGGUGAAUAUAAGGACGUCUGGAAUUUUUCUGAUGAGCUGUGGUUUGUAGGGUUCGAAAAUAUCACUGGCUUUCCACCCACAGGAGAGGAUUUUAGCCCCUGUCUGAUAGACACUCAGGCACUCAACAGUUCUGCUCUGAUUGCCAUCUAUGUUGUGGUGCUCCUGCUGAGCCUGUUGGGAAACUCCUUGGUGAUGGUGGUCAUCUUGUGCAGCCAGGUCACCCGCUCUGUCACUGAUGUCUACCUGCUGAACUUGGCCAUUGCUGACCUGCUUUUUGCUCUGACCAUGCCCUUCUGGGCUGUCUACAAGGAGAAAGGCUGGAUUUUUGGCACACCCAUGUGCAAGAUCAUCUCACUUGUGAAGGAAGUCAACUUCUACAGUGGCAUUCUACUGCUUGUCGGCAUCAGCGUGGACCGCUACCUGGCCAUUGUCCAUGCCACACAUACGCUGACCCACAAGCGCCACUUGGUCAAGUUCAUAUGUAUAGGCAUUUGGAUUGUCUCUCUGAUUCUGUCUUUGCCCACCUGCCUCUUUCGCAAAGCCUUUCCCGUACAUGACUCCUUCCUAGUCUGCUAUGAGUUUCUAGGUAGUAACACAACCAGAUGGCGCCUGGUGCUCCGGUUCAUGUCCCAGAUCUAUGGCUUCAUCCUGCCGCUGCUGGUCAUGCUGCUCUGCUAUGGCUUCACGCUGCGCACGCUGUUUAAGGCCCACAUGGGGCAGAAGCACCGGGCCAUGAGGGUCAUCUUCGCCGUUGUGCUUGUCUUCCUGCUCUGCUGGCUGCCCUACAACCUGGUCCUGCUCUUGGACACCCUCAUGAGGAACAAAUGGAUUGAGGAGACGUGUGAACGCCGCAAUCACAUCAACUUGGCCCUGGAGGCCACUGAGAUCAUGGGCUUCCUUCACAGCUGCCUCAACCCCAUCAUCUAUGCCUUCAUUGGCCAAAAGUUUCGCCAUGGACUCUUAAAGAUCCUCGCUGCCCGUGGCCUAAUGAGCAAGGAGUUCUUGACUCGCCAUCGUGUGUCCUCUUACAGCUCCUCCAGCACUGUCGCUUCCAACCUCUGAAAGCCAGUGAUGACAGUCUCUCCCUCUUCAUAGGGAUAAUAGCCAUCACCCCAAGGUUGGUGGGUGGGAUUGACUGGCUUGAACCAAUUCCUCUGGGUUUGAAGGGCAACUACAGAGUGUGGGGGUCAGGAUUGUGCCUCAGGGACUGCACCAGCCUUCUGAGGAAGUACUAGAGACCUCCAGGGACCAACUUCCCAUUGCUGUGAAAAGGAGCAGCCUCAUUUUUGUUGAACUUGUGCAUCUUUGAUCCACUAACUGGGUAAUAAGCACAGUUCCAUCUGAAGCCUGCAUCUUACAGUAGAGCAAAGAACUGGGGUCUGUACAAAUGGCUGGAUCCUCUUGAUAGUUCACAAUGGAACAUCACCCCAAAUGCCGAGUAUGUUCUAAACAGGCUGUGUAGUGCCUCUACAUUUUCUGUGCCCUCUGAUCUUAUGGGAUUCUUUUUGUACCUCUCAUACAUUGUAGUAUCUGCUGAGGACUUCAAGGCAGGUGCUGCUAAGGCACCACACCACCAGGUGGCCUUGUGCUGGAGUCAGAAAUAAUUUGCCCUUGGGUGCUGUGGGUGGGUGAACAAAGGAUGUUUGGGAAACCAGAGCUUUCACAUGAAAUCCUCUUGACUCUGUGGUCAGAGACAGGACAAUGAACAUGCUGGAUAUGUGCAGAGCCGUGGACGGAGCAAGACUUGCCCAUUUGACAAGGAGCAGUAGCAACUGCACAGACUCACACACACUUGUCAGCCAGCUGGCCAGUCCCAUAUUUCCAAUAAAAUUUCUG